CGAAGUAUGGCUGUGGCAGGGAUACAUACAUACGAACGCAUUUUGAUUUUUGAAGAUACAUAGCUUGAUACGCAGAACAUCGGUAGAGCAGAGCAGAACAGAUAGUUAAAUAUUAUAAACGUUGCUGUUACGUAUCACUGUUACUUACAAAGAAUUGGCUUAGAAAUGGAUACUAAAUAAUAUGCUAGAGUAGGUUUCUAAUUAACAUGCCGAUAAGGCAAUCCGACAAACUCGCCUCACGUUGGUGUACACAUUUCUGGUCUAUUAUGGGUUAAAAGGGGCAAGUACAAUUCAUCAUAUGCUAAUCCCAGUUUGGAACUGAACAAUGGGAGACUCCUCCAAUCCUUUGCUCAGGGUGGAUGUGGUUCCUGGUGAAUCGAUUGGCCCGUUUGUGCUGGGCAUGACCUUGGGGACGACUAUUGAAUGGCUGAGAUCGCAUUCGCGAGAGAUCCCUCAGGUGGAGUUGCUGUACAGCGAAGAGAACCCCUUCGACUAUGACAACGUGCUGCGCCUGACCAAGAAUGGAAUACAGCUGCGUUUCACCAGCGACAGCCAACGUCUGAAGAUUGUGGAGGUGUUUGACCUAAGCAAUCUGCAGCUGGUCUAUGCGAACUCCAUCUUUAGCUCCGCAACCGUAGCGCCUACGUUUCUGACAGUCUCUCGGCUAUUCGGACCGUCGUAUCCGGGACAGUUUGAUCGGAAGCGGCAGCAUCACUCCCUUAAAUAUCCAGGACUGUCCUUCUUCUUUCCGAUCCCCGAGCAGUAUUGCGGAAUACAAAGCCAGACCACGAGCCGGAAAGAGGAACAGGCACACCUGACCAACGGCGCAGAUAACGCCAGGAGGAAAAGUGGCCAGACCAAUCGCAAAGCGGAGUCUGCUCAGCCUAACGAGACCUCAUCGCCACAUUUUGAUGAUCACGAGCCGCCUCUAGAGCUCCCCGAUGGGACCACACCAGUCGCAAGACGCAUUUGUGUAUACGCACCUGACCAUCGCCUACCACCAGUGGCUGGGAGCAGUACCAGAGGCUUGCUGCCAGUGUACUAUGACAAAGUCAAGGGCGUGCCGAGUGAGGGUAUCUCCAUAGCGCGAUAUGGGAUGUCGGUCCGUUUCGGCGAUAGCUGUCAAGAUGUCAUGUGUCAAUUAGGGCCGCCUUCGAAGAUUUAUUACAAGGAAGAAGACAAGAUGCGGAUCCAUACGUAUGCAACGCAGAAUGGUGGCGGUGGUGGUCCUUCUGGAUCGCCUAGCGGCGGCUCAAAAAGGUCUGCUUCCCUUAGCACAGCGGGAAAGGGGCGGCCCUCACAAGUGGGUACCCACUGCAGCGACUACUUCUACAACUACUUUGACCUGGGCAUAGACGUUCUGUUCGAUGCCGAACGACAUACCGUGAAGAAGAUUGUGCUGCACACGAAUCUGCCGUCGCAUUUAGAUUUUGGCAUUUACCACAAAUGCAAUUUUAGUUUAUGGGUUCCGGACGAGCCCGCGCUGUCAGACAUGUCAUCGCAGUCACCGCCAAACCGACCGCCGACUAUCAACUCCACGCCAGGUACGAACGAUCCCCAAACGAGGUCGACGAAACAGACCCACACUACUGGAGCGGAUAGCAAUCUGAAAAUGCGAAACGACAUAGUACACCAAGCACGCAAGAAGGACCGAACUGUGUCUUCCAGUGACAGCAGUGAUACAGAGGGCCCGACUACCUCUGGCAUAAAAGCCCAAGCUGGCCGAAGAACCGCACCACAAAAUUCUGCAGAAGACCGGUUGAAAGGGCCCGACGCCAAGGCAGAGAGGCGGAGAAAGGGGGUCAGCAUCACUUCGCUUAUGUCCUGGGCCGAGAUAAAAAGGAUACUAGGUGAGCCUAUUGGGUUGCCGGUUAUAUUCAAUCGAGGAUCGGCGAUAACACCGUUUGGCACUACCCGCUUCCACGGAUACGAUAGAUUAAUCUUCGAGGUCAUGAGGAAUGGGCAUAUCGCGACAGUGACGCUUUUUGCGACCAGUCCUGCGGGGUGGUAGUGAAGAAGUAUGCAUGGAGGUAACCAAUUAAGAUCUAAACUUCAUAUACAGGCAUAUACGAGCCAACGUUCGAAAUUAGUAGAGGCGCGCCUCUUGCUCCUCACGGGAAAAUAAGACUAUUAUGACAGAUUAACGCUGCAGAAGUCAUUUGAAUUCCAGAAUGGUCCACC